GGCGGAGGGGAAAGUUUGUUUAUUUUGCUUUGAGUUUGUGGGGUUCGUGUCUCUCCCGGAGGUGAAAGGGAAAGAGGAGCGCCCCCGCCCACACGCAACCCCAUCUCUCCCCCCCCCCACCCACCCCCACUUCAGCCGGCGGCGGAGACGAGGAGACAGCGCGCCUCGCCUCCCGGCUGGCGGCGGUGUCCGGGCUGAGCGGAUUUAGUUUUUGCACUGAAUGUAGCCUGGACUGAUCCUCCAGGGCUUUGGUUGCCCUAGGAUACCGUCAAAGGAAGGACUUGUGUAUUUCUGCAGAUAUUUGCACAGAUUCUGUUCUCAUGCAAACCGAUGAGGGAGAAAUACUGGAGGAAAGCAGUUCCAAGAUGGAACAUGAGGAUUUUGUAAUGGAAGGGCAUGGCAAGACUCCACCUCCUGGUGAAGAAAGCAAACAAGAGAAGGAGCAAGAAAGGGAAGAACAGUUAAUGGAAGACAAGAAAAGGAAGAAAGAGGAUAAAAAGAAGAAAGAAGCUGCUCAGAAGGUCACGGAACAAAAAACCAAAGUGCCCGAAGUGACGAAACCAAGUUUAAGCCAACCCACGGCCGCCAGCCCCAUUGGCAGCUCUCCAUCGCCACCAGUCAAUGGUGGCAACAAUGCCAAAAGGGUGGCCGUGCCGAACGGACAACCGCCAAGCACCGCCCGCUACAUGCCUCGGGAGGUGCCGCCGCGAUUCCGUUGCCAGCAGGACCACAAAGUGUUACUGAAACGUGGGCAGCCCCCUCCGCCAUCCUGUAUGCUCCUUGGGGGCGGGGCGGGGCCUCCUCCCUCCACAGCACCUGGAGCAAAUCCAGGCAACGCACAACAGGUGACAGGAACACUGCUGCAGAGCGAGAGCGGGACUGCAUCAGAUUCAACUCUUGGAGGUGCUGCUGCUUCAAAUUAUGCAAAUUCCACUUGGGGCCCGGGAGCCUCCUCCAGCAGCGGCGCCACCGCCAACCCAACUCACAUCUGGGACAAGGUGAUUGUAGACGGGUCUGACAUGGAAGAGUGGCCUUGCAUUGCCAGCAAAGACACUGAGUCUUCUUCCGAAAAUACCACCGACAACAACAGUGCCUCGAACCCUGGCUCCGAGAAGAGCGCGCUGCCAGGAAGCACCACUAGCAACAAAGGAAAAGGAAGCCAGUGCCAGGCUGGAAGCUCUGGGAACGAAUGUAAUCUUGGGGUCUGGAAGUCCGACCCCAAGGCUAAAUCUGUUCAAUCUUCCACCUCUUCUGCGGAGAACAACAAUGGACUAGGGAAUUGGAGGAACUUAAGCGGGCAGGAUAGAAUCGGGCCCGGGUCUGGCUUCAGCAACUUUAACCCAAAUAGCAACCCAUCUGCCUGGCCGGCACUGGUCCAAGAGGGCAGUACGAGGAAGGGGGCAUUGGAACCCGAUAACAAUAACGCCAAUGCCCAGGUUAGCACAGUAGGUCAAACGUCCAGGGAACAGCAGUCAAAGAUGGAAAAUGCGGGUGUUAAUUUUGUUGUCUCUGGCAGAGAACAGGCUCAAAUUCAUAACACUGAUGGACCAAAAAACGGAAACACUAACUCCUUGAACUUAAGUUCACCAAACCUUAUGGAGAAUAAGGGAAUGCCCUUUGGGAUGGGCUUGGGGAACUCCUCCAGGAGCACCGAUGCCCCUUCGCAAAGCACUGGAGAUAGAAAGGCGGGGAGUGUUGGAUCUUGGGGUACAGCUAGGGGGCCUUCUGGAACUGACACCGUCUCUGGACAAAGCAAUUCUGGAAACAAUGGGAACAAUGGAAAGGAUAGAGAGGACUCCUGGAAAGGAGCGUCCGGUCCGAAAUCGACUGGGUCAAAAAGUGACUCGUGGGAGAACAAUAACAGGUCUACGGGUGGUGGGUCUUGGAACUUUGGAUCUCAGGACUCUAAUGAAAGCAAAUGGGGUGAAGGGAACAAAAUGGCAUCCGGGGUCUCUCAGGGAGAAUGGAAACAGCCGACUGGGUCUGAGGAGCUGAAGAUUGGAGAAUGGAGUGGUCCAAACCAACCAAAUUCUAGCACUGGAGCAUGGGACAAUCAAAAGGGCCACCCCCUCCCUGAAAACCAAGGCAAUUCCCAGGCUCCCUGUUGGGGAAGAUCUUCCAGCUCCACAGGAAGUGAGGUUGGAGGUCAAAGCACUGGAAGCAACCACAAAGCGGGAAGUAGCGACAGCCACAAUUCUGGACGCCGGUCCUACAGGCCCACGCACCCUGAUUGCCAGGCGGUUCUGCAGACUCUGUUGAGCCGAACCGAUCUGGAUCCCCGGGUGCUAUCGAACACAGGCUGGGGCCAAACUCAGAUUAAGCAGGAUACGAUAUGGGAUAUUGAAGAGAUGCCACGGCCCGAGGGGAAGGCGGAUAAAGGGACUGAAGGGUGGGAGAGCUCUGCCACACAGACAAAGAACUCAGGGGGCUGGGGAGACGCACCCAGCCAAAGCAAUCAAAUCAAGUCUGGAUGGGGUGAGCUCUCAACCCCUACAGAGUGGAAGGACCCCAAAAACGCAGGAGGAUGGAACGACUUCAAGAACAACAACUCCUCCAACUGGGGAGGAGGAAGACCGGACGAGAAGGCUGCUUCUUCUUGGAGCGACAAUUCCAGUAAGGAUCAGGGGUGGGGAGGAAGACAGCCGAAUCAAGGAUGGACCUCUGGAAAGAACGGCUGGGGAGAGGAGGUUGAGCCCACCAAGAACAGUAAUUGGGAAAGUUCGGGAAACAAACCCGGAUCAGGUUGGGGCGAAGGAGGGCAGAACGAGAUCGGGACUUGGGGGGGUGGCGGCGGCGGGGGGGGCGGGGGCGGGGGAGGCAGCGCCAACUCCGCCUCCAAAGGCGGAUGGGAGGAUUGUAAGAGAGCGCCGGCCUGGAACGAGACCGGUAGACAGCCGAAUUCCUGGAACAAACAGCAUCAACAGCAGCACCACCAACAGCAGCAACAGCAGCAGCAGCAGCAACCACCUCAACCGGAGGCUUCGGGCUCGUGGGGAGGGCCUCCGCCGCCACCGCCUCCCGGCAACGGGCGGCCGCCAAAUCCCAACUGGAGCAGUGGGCCGCAGCCAGCGCCCCCCAAGGACGAAGAGCCCAGUGGGUGGGAAGAGCCUUCCCCACAGUCGAUCAGUCGGAAAAUGGAUAUCGACGACGGCACUUCGGCCUGGGGAGAUCCGAACAGUUAUAAUUACAAGAAUGUGAACUUGUGGGAUAAGAAUUCUCAAGGGGGGCAGGCUUCGCGAGAACAAACUCUGCCCACUCCCAUGACUAGCAAAACCGCAUCAGUCUGGAGCAAAAGCACACCACCUGCUCCAGAUAAUGGUACAUCAGCAUGGGGUGAGCCGAAUGAAACCAGUCCUGGAUGGGGUGAGAUGGACGAUUCAGGAGCUGCAACCACGGGCUGGGGAACUACACCCUCUAAUGCUCCAAAUGCCAUGAAACCUAAUUCCAAAUCUAUGCAAGAUGGCUGGGGGGAGAAUGAUGGGCCGGUCACGGGGACCCGCCAUUCCAGCUGGGAAGAAGAAGAAGAUGGAGGAGUCUGGAACACCGCGGGCUCUCAGGGAAGCGGUUCCUCCCACAACUCGACCAACUGGGGCCAGGGAGGAAAGAAACAACUGAAGUGCUCACUGAAAGGAGGAAACAACGAUUCAUGGAUGAACCCUCUAUCCAAGCAGUUUUCAAAUAUGGGAUUGCUCAGUCAACCUGAGGACAAUCCGGGCAGUAAAAUGGAUUUGUCUGUCGGAAGCCUACCCGAUAAGAAAUUUGAUGUGGAUAAGCGAGCCAUGAAUCUCGGGGAUUUUAAUGAUAUAAUGAGAAAGGAUCGAUCUGUGUUCCGUCCACCCAAUUCCAAAGACAUGGGAACCACAGACAGUGGGCCUUAUUUUGAGAAGCUGACUUUGCCUUUCUCCAAUCAAGAUGGGUGCCUUGGGGAUGAGGCUCCCUGCUCUCCCUUCUCCCCUUCUCCCAGCUACAAGCUGUCUCCCUCUGGUUCCACACUAUCCAACGUCAGCCUUGGAGCAAUCGGCACAGGGCUCAACCCCCAAAACUUCGCCGCUAGACAAGGUGGCAAUCAUGGUUUGUUUGGAAAUAGCACAGCACAAUCAAGGGGUAUGCACACACCUGUGCAGCCACUGAACUCCUCCCCUAAUCUCCGGGCACAAGUGCCUCCCCAGUUUCUCUCUCCCCAGGUUUCUGCCUCCAUGCUCAAGCAGUUUCCCAACAGUGGCCUGAAUCCAGGUCUUUUCAACAUGGGGCCCCAGUUGUCUCCUCAACAAAUUGCCAUGCUGAGCCAGCUUCCACAGAUCCCCCAGUUUCAAUUGGCAUGUCAGCUUCUCCUUCAGCAGCAGCAACAGCAGCAGCUGCUACAGAACCAGAGGAAGAUUUCUCAAGCUGUCCGCCAGCAGCAGGAGCAACAGCUUGCUCGAAUGGUGAGUGCUCUCCAGCAGCAGCAGCAGAGGCAGCCUAGUAUGAAGCACUCGCCAUCCCACCCCGUUGGGCCCAAGCCCCACUUGGACAAUAUGGUACCCAACGCUUUGAAUGUGGGGCUCUCAGACCUACAAACCAAAGGGCAAAUACCUGGAUACGGUUCUGGCUUUGGCUCAAGUGGCAUGGAUUAUGGCAUGGUUGGAGGGAAGGAAGGUGGAACAGAGUCUCGCUUUAAGCAGUGGACGUCUAUGAUGGAAGGGCUACCCUCUGUAGCUACACAAGAUGCCAAUAUGCACAAAAAUGGCGCCAUAGUGCCCCCUGGGAAGAACCGAGGAGGAUCGCCGUACAACCAGUUUGACAUCAUCCCGGGUGACACGUUGGGCAGCCAUACGGGUUCCGCUGGUGAUAGCUGGUUACCUGCCAAAUCUCCACCAACAACCAAGAUUGGAAGUAAAUCCAGUAAUGCCAGUUGGCCUCCAGAAUUUCAACCGGGAGUGCCGUGGAAAGGUAUCCAAAACAUUGACCCCGAAUCUGACCCCUACGUGACUCCUGGAAGUGUGCUGGGAGCGACAGCCCCCUCUCCCAUUGUAGAUACUGACCACCAACUUCUGCGGGACAACACCACAGGGUCUACUUCUUCCCUCAACACCUCGCUGCCUUCACCUGGUGCCUGGCCCUACAGUGCCUCUGACAACUCCUUUACCAACGUUCAUAGCACUUCAGCAAAGUUCAAUGAUUACAAAUCAACAUGGUCCCCUGAUCCCAUAGGACACAACCCCACUCAUCUCUCCAACAAGAUGUGGAAAAACCAUAUUUCCUCAAGGAACACUACAGGGCUGCCCCGCCCACCUCCCGGUCUGACCAACCCCAAAUCAUCAUCUCCCUGGAGCAGCACAGCACCCCGAUCAGUCAGGGGGUGGGGGGCACAGGACUCAAGGCUUGCCUCGGCCUCUGCCUGGAGCGAUGGUGGCUCAGUUCGUCCUAGUUACUGGCUGGUUCUUCACAAUCUCACUCCACAGAUUGACGGGUCGACUCUGCGAACGAUCUGCAUGCAGCAUGGUCCGCUGCUGACAUUCCACCUGAACCUAACCCAGGGCACCGCCCUGAUCCGAUACAGCACCAAACAGGAGGCGGCCAAGGCCCAAACUGCACUGCACAUGUGUGUGUUGGGAAACACUACCAUCCUGGCUGAGUUCGCCACCGACGAGGAAGUGAGCCGCUUCCUGGCCCAGGCUCAGCCCCCUACACCUGCAGCAACCCCGAGUGCACCCGCAGCCGGCUGGCAAUCCCUGGAGACAGGCCAGAACCAGAACGACCCGGUCGGACCCGCUCUGAAUCUCUUUGGUGGGUCGACGGGGCUCGGGCAGUGGAGCAGCAGCGCGGGCGGUAACGGCGGGGGCGACCUCGCCGGCGCUUCGUUGUGGGGGCCCCCAAACUACUCUUCUAGCUUGUGGGGUGUCCCGAGUGUGGAAGAUCCCCAUAGGAUGGGCAGCCCUGCUCCUUUACUACCUGGUGACCUUCUGGGAGGAGGGUCGGAUUCAAUCUGAACUUCGAACUUUCAACUCUGACCUCGUGACCUUUUUUUGGAACAGCAGCAGCACUAACUUGACCUUUUCGUUUUUUUUUUCAACUUGCAAUAAAUACAUUUUUAAAAGGAAAAAAGAAAACGGAGAGAGAAAAAAAAAAGGUGGGUCAUUGACAGACUGUCUGAGCACAUAGUUGCCUCCCUUCUAACUUCAGUUUUUUCGUUUGGAAUAUGAAUCCAAAAAGAGAACAUAUCACUCUUGAAAUACUUGAAUCAUGAACGCCAACCUAGAAAGACAAUGUGAAGCAAGUACACAUACCAUUUAAAUUUAAACACAAAAAAAUUAAAAAAAUUAGUUUCUAGUUUUUCACUUUUUCAUGUUAUACGGAAGUUGUUGCUAAGAAACAUAUAUACUGAAAAAAUAGCUUUUUAA